GUAGUGUCAAGAUCAAAUAUUGGCAGGGUCCCUCUGCUGCAGACGAUUCCCGUGGGCUCUCAAUUCGCCAUCCUUGCAGAAUUUCCGGACGAAUUCGCACUUCUACAGUCUGUGUACAAACCACUGUACCGACAUGCAAAAAGGUGCAUCGACGACGACCACCUCUGCAGCAUCAUCUCAGGAUGGUCCAGCUCCGCGGUUGCCCACCGAGGUCUGCGGACGGAUCAUUGACCAUUUAUCCGCGGGAUUGGAUCUCAACUACUUGACUCUGGCUGGGAAUCCAGAUCUCCUAGCGCUUCCAUCGUGCGCACUAGUAUGCAGGGAUUGGUACUUUCACACCUGGUACCAUCUCCGUCGGCGCGUUCACCUCCGUGACCGGAACGACGUCCUUUCACUUUCCAGGACACUCCGCGAGAGACCACGCCUCCGGGGUGUCGUCCAACAUGUCGUCAUCUCCGGUCAGACAUCUGCCGAGCGUUCAGUGAUUCAACAUCUCGCCAUGUUUGCUGUUAUGCUUGCUGGGAGGCUCCCGAAGCUGUCGGUGAUCACCAUUAGGGACGCGGAAUGGACCGUUGGCUCAAUGAGGAUGGAAGACGUCGGAUAUCUCGCCACAUUUGACCUCGUACACGCAUUAAACUUCUUCAAUGUCAACGUGCCGAGCAUCGCCCAUCUGGCCCGCCUCAUCUCAGCACUCCCUGGCCUGAGAGAUAUGAAUUGCUACGAUGUCGAGUGCUCACAGAAACAACCCGUCUCUCCUGUCUCUCCCCCGCUGAACUCUGCACAUCUGGAGACGCUAGUUGUGCUAGGGGUUGCGCCCGCAAUUCAAGACCUCUUUGUGCGCAUCAGCCAGGCUUCCCGGCUACGCGCACUCGAACUCGGAGUGGACGACUCGGAAGGCUUGACAUUACCCUCUGGAGGCAGCCGAAGUCAAACUCUGUUGGAUGCAAGUGCAGCGUCGGUGGAAGUCCUCACGCUCUCGAUGUUUCUUGGCUCCUCCGUGGACAGUGACAAAGUUGACUCCACUGUAGAACGACACCUCAGUCUGUCACGCCAUGAAAGCUUGCGGCGAUUGGUGAUCAUUUUGUACUACCCCUUCAAUGCGUGGUCCUGGAUUCCUCAUAUUGUCUCUCGCAUUCCUUCAAAGCAUCUCAUCGCCAUUUCUGUUCUGUUUUGGUUUCGUGCAGAUCAUGCAGCCGAUGACUUGGAUGGGUUGGUGACGAUGAUGGAGGAAGACGGUAUCUUGGUGCGAUUGGAUGACAUAUUGCAAGCAGAGUGCUUUGCCGAUAUCGCACCAGGUGGUAUAUGCCUAGGCUUUGACAAUGGUAAGGACUGGACCCCGCCUGAGAAACUAUUUGGUACAGAAUCAUCAUUCCGAGAGCGGUGCAACCGGUGGGACGAGCUCAUUAGACGGAAGAUGCCGCGCUGCAAUGGACGGGGCAUAUUGAUUACCGUAUAUGGUUUCGAGGAGCGCGACAACUGGAACCGCAACAUGGGAGAAAUCCAUGAAGCGAGAAAACAGCAGCAGGCCAAAACCGGAGUAGAGGUGCAGCAAGAGGACGACACGGAGCAUGCGCCGGACACGUCAGGCUGACUGUCCUUAUCUUGUACAAUCGCCGGUGUCAGGGUAUUGAGUCCUCCUCGUCGUACGCGGCGCGUUUUGCGCACUUUGUUCUGACGCCGAGAGACAGACUCGUGAAAGGACUGGACAAGCGGCGAUGCCCCGCGUCACGGUAGAGACGUAACACCGUUCGCGGGAUAUUCCGUAAUUGUAGAUUCAAAUGAACCACGAUUUGUUGCUACUACAUCAGUGCGGGUACACUGCCAUAUCGCACACAUGAUUCGGGACUA